AUGUCCCUUGCAAUUCAUCCCGACAAAGUUCUUGAAUUCAGAAGACCUUUAACUAAGUGUACCAAGCGCUCCCUCUCCAUAACUAAUCACAAUGAUCAACCGGUAGCGUUCAAAAUCAAGACAACAGUCCCAAAGCUAUAUCGGAUACGACCAAACGUCGGGAAGAUAGAACCAGGCGAAACUGUAGAAGUGCAGGUGAUGAUGUUGGCGAGAGAAUUCGAUCCUCCGUUCAACGACGAAUGUCAAGAUAAAUUUCUAAUUCAGAGUGUCAUCGUCACAACCGACAAAGACCCCUCGCCCAGUGACUCCGUGGUGCGCAUCUCCGCAGUCGUUUCAACCACUCCUUACCUUCGCGACAGUGGAAUGACAGAAGUGGCAACGUCCAUCAGCACAAAUUUCGAAUCGCGUAUCUUCCUCCAGAAGAGACUGUAG